GGGAGAGUCAGAGAGAGAGAGAGAGAGAAAGAGAAAGAGAGAGAUGGGGACAAGUCUUUGCUAAAAUCCAAGAAGUCAUUUGGAAGCUGUGAACAGAAGGAGAGACAGGACUUGAUCAAAUUUCAAAACUUUACCCACUUUAUUCCAAUUGCCACCCCCUCCCUCACUGUGGAAAUGAAGCCAUCUGCAUUCCUGAGAGGGUAACAUGCUGUUUGGGAAUAUUUCAGCCAGAGUGAAAUGGACCACCUAUCUUCUGUGGGCCCUAAACCUGAAUGUAUGCAUGUUAACUACUUGUGAUGGAUAAAGCUGAUGUGAACGAGAGUGCAAGUAAAAGUGAGCCACAUGACCUUAACGGAUUGUCUAUGCUUCAGAAGACGGUCCUCAUCACCUUUCUUGCUGCUGUUAUGAUGAUGACUGUUUUGGGAAAUCUUCUGGUGAUGGUGGCUGUCUGUAAGGAUCGGCAGCUACGCAAAAUCAAGACCAACUACUUCAUUGUGUCUCUGGCAUUCGCUGACCUGCUGGUGUCUGUCAUGGUGAUGCCUUUUGGAGCCAUUGAGCUGAUAGAAAAUAACUGGGCUUACGGAAAUACUUUCUGUCUUGUUCGGACGUCCUUAGAUGUCUUGUUGACGACAGCAUCUAUUCUCCAUUUGUGCUGCAUUUCUCUCGAUAGGUACUAUGCUAUUUGUUGUCAGCCUCUGGUGUACAGUAAUAAAAUGACUCCAAUCCGGGUGACUAUCAUGCUGGGAGGUUGCUGGUUUAUCCCAUUAUUCAUCUCCUUCCUCCCUAUCAUGAAAGGCUGGAAUAGCGUUGGGAUACAGGAGUUGAUAGAAGACAGAAAAUUCAGAAACGAUACAAAGCAUUGUGUAUUUAUGGUGAACAAACCGUAUGCCAUAACGUGUUCAGUGGUGGCUUUCUACAUACCCCUCGUCUUAAUGGUCCUCGCUUAUCAGAGGAUCUAUGUGACUGCCAGAGAACAUGUAAGGCAGAUAGACAUACUGAAACGGGCAGGAGCCUCCAUAGACAACGGGCAACAGGCUGACCAGCAAGGCCACCACAGAAUGAAGACUGAAACCAAAGCAGCCAAAACCUUGUGCAUUAUUAUGGGAUGUUUCUGUCUCUGUUGGGCCCCAUUUUUUAUCACCAAUGUGGUGGACCCAUUUAUAAACUACUCUGUCCCCGACCAGCUGUGGACUGCCUUCCUGUGGCUGGGAUAUAUUAAUUCGGGGCUCAAUCCAUUUCUUUAUGCUUUUCUCAACAAAUCCUUCAGAUGUGCCUUCCUGACUAUUCUGUGCUGUGGGAACAGAAGGUACAGGCGUGCCUCUUUCCUGGGCCAGACCAUCCCUUCCUCUUCUACAGCCAUCAAUGGAUCCACACAGGUACUUAGUUUAACAAAACGCCUAGAAUAACUUUGGCCCCGGAUUGAAUGAAUGAAUGAAUAAGCAGCUUGGACAUGUCAACGUGACGGAG